AUGUCUGAACCGGCAAUUUUUAGGUUAAAAUGUGCCGUUCAAAAUUAUGAUUGGGGGAAAAUUGGAAAUGAAAGUAAAGUGGCACAAUUCGCUCAAAUUUCAAAAGACUUUGAAAUUCAACUUGAUAAACCAUAUUCCGAGUUAUGGAUGGGAACACAUUCAAAUGGUCCAAGUGUGUUAGCAAAACAGCCAACACAUUCACUUAAAGAGAAAAUUGAAUCAGAUCCAAAUAAAUUACUUUCAUCGGAAAUUUCUAAAAUAUAUAAUGGAAAUUUACCAUUUUUAUUUAAAGUUUUAUCUGUACGCAAAGCUCUUUCUAUUCAAGCACACCCUGAUAAAAAGCUUGGAAAAGAAUUAUUCGAAAAAUUUCCAAAAAUUUAUAAAGAUCCAAAUCAUAAACCUGAAAUGGCCGUGGCGAUUACAGAAUUUGAAGCUUUAUGUGGUUUUAGACCUUUAACAGAAAUAAAAUCGGUCCUUGAAAAAAAUCCCGAAUUUACCGAGCUUAUUGGAAAUGAAGUUUCUUCUCAUUUUCUAAAAACAAUUGAAGGAAGAGAAACUUCUCAACUUAUAGAGGAUAUUGAAUUAAACAAAUCAGCACUUCGUGAAUUAUUUAGCAAAGUUAUGACCACAAAUGAAACGAUCGUUUCUCAACAGGUUGAUAAAUUAAUUAAAAGGGUAAAAUUGGAUAAUGAAACUUUUACAAAAGGAAGUAUUCCUGAACUUCUAAUUAGAUUAAAUGAUCAAUUUCCUGGUGAUGUAGGAAUAUUCGGUGCUUUAUUAUUAAAUUAUGUAAAAUUGGAUCCCGGUCAAGCCAUAUUUUUGGGAGCAAAUGAACCUCAUGCUUACUUAUCCGGAGGCAAGUGA